CAGUCACCCGAUGAAGCUAUUGGCUGGAAGGCUUCAGGUCCCUGCGCACUGGAGGGGGAGCACUCUCAUAAACAGCCCUCACACUGACUCAACUCCACACAACAUAUCAAACUGUGAGGGGCCAUGUCGCAGUACACUCUGGGAGUUCACCUGCAGAUCCUGCUGGCUGUGGGUCUGGCCGUGUUCUGCUACUGUCUGGUUCUCGGUUGCGUCCUUUGCUGUCGCAGGAGGAAGAGUGUUUCAUCGGAAGACAAGGAGGCAGUUUACCUGUCUCCUCAUCCUGCUGAGAGGGUGACUGUAACAUUAACUCCAUCUCCGUGUACGCAGCCUGUUAAGCAGCAGUAUGAGGAGCUGGAUGGAGACGUGUUGGAGUUUCCUUCCUCUAAGAGCAGCUCUUCUCCCUCUGAGGAUGACGUCACUGCUCUGCCCUUUGACCCCAGCCCCACCAGAUCAACUGAGCUGGUGCCGUCUCGUGGAUCCUCUUACCCAAUGCGGCGCCUCAGCUCCCCGGCUGUUCCCUGCUUACCCAGAAAACCUCAGAGUCAUGGCAGAGCCUCUCUGCCCUCCCUCACUAAGCUGAGUCUGGUGUCCAAAUCUUGUCGAGCGAAGGGUCGGCGAAGCACAGUGAGCAGUGAAAGUUUUCUUUACAGCGAGAGCACUCGACUGACUGCUGGUGCUGCCGCAGCCCCCACCCUGCAGGCACAGCCCUGUCUAUCACAGUACGGCUCUAACUCUCUCUCCAUCCCCACAAAGCCGGCUCCCCUCCUGCACUUCUCCCUGCUCUUCUCCUCCGCCUGCGGCACCCUGGUCGUCAACAUCCUGGGGCUUUCAGGGGCCAGUCGAAGACGUAGUGGGGUGUUUGUUCGAACCAGCCUUCCCCCCCUCUGCCCCUCCCCUCAGCAGACUGCCUCUCGGCGCCGCAGCCUCAGCCCAGACCUUCACAGUCAGAGCUUUGUGCUGCAGGUGGGCUCUGUAGAGGAGCUGCGCACCUGCACCCUGAGACUGGCCGUCUACAGCAGGGACUUCUCAGGCCUAAGAGAGGCUGCACUGGGGGUGGUGGAGCUGCCCUGUGAGCAGAUGGACUGGGAGCCUGAUGUCACCACCACUCACACCAAGCAGCUCAGCCCGACUAAAAGCAAGUUGAAAAAGAGUGUGAGUUCUCUAGAAGCGUUGGGCCACAGGAAGAGCUCGGUGUGUGUGCCGCGGGCUUUGGGCCAACUGUUCAUCCUGCUGCAGUACCAGACGCUGGCCCAGCGCAUCAAGGUGAUGGUCCGAAAGGCUGAGAAUCUGGCCAAGCUCACACGGAUCCCAGGAGCUCCAGACCACUACGUUGUCAUCAACCUGCGUCAGGAUGGCAAAGUCGUUGCUACCAAGGAGACUAAAGGAGUCAGUGGUCCAAACCCUGUGUGGAACGCUCCGUUUCUGUUUGAUCUGCCCCCUGGUGACAUCACUCAGUUGCCAUUGAUCCUUGAAUUCAUUAUCAUGCAGGGCCGUCUCUACACUAAGAGCAGCAUUUUGGGUUGUGUGCUGAUUGGCAGUGAUGCUUCAGAGGCGGGACAGGGACACUGGAAGGAGAUGUGCAGUCGGGGGCAAAUAGAAACGGCUCGCUGGCACGCCAUCCAAUCAGAUAUGCUGUAGGGCUGAUGAACUGACUCUUUCUCUGCUGCCUAGCGAGUUUCCCAGGGCUGCAGUUAUUUGUACACAGGAAUCAGACUGUAUAUAAAGAUGGACGACAUGGCAGCUCGCCUAAAGUGAAGCCAAAGCGUCUCUAUCGUCACCUGGUGGUUGACUGCAGUAUAGGUCAUAAAUUCUGCAUCCUCUAUAUUAAAUGAUGGGACAUGGAUUAAACUAAAAGGUCAAAAUUAUUAUUAAAUAACAUUUUCUGAAAGAUGAUUUCUAUCACCUGAGUUCUUAUUUACUUAUAUGUUGAAAUGUUUGUCUUUUAUCAGUAAAUUCGGAUUUAAUUUGUUCUUUAAUUUGAUGCUAUAAAAAUGGGCUGAAACGUCAUGAAUUACAAUUGACACAGAUUUGUGAUUGGUCAAGUUUGGUUUCAAUGGGACCUCGCUACCGUGGCUCCACCCCACGAUCGUAGUGUUCCUAUCAGGGAUACUUUGGAUUCAUUUCUGGAUUGUAUGUGGAAGUGGAGACAUGUCGUCCAUCUUUACUUGCAGUCUAUUGUAGGAAUAAUAUGACUAGGAUGUAAAUGGCUCCCCUGUUUUCAAAGUAUUUAUUUGAGUCUGUUUAUUUUUAGCUAUGGUGUGGGUUUUUUGGUAGCUACCAUAUUCUAACUUUGUUUUUAAUGUUAUUUAUAAACAUAUGAAUUACUGUAACUAGUGAUGCUGUUUUCAGGAGAAACAAUAUCCAGAUGGUCCGUGUGCAUCUAUAGGGCUGUAGAGGAAGAAGCACUGACCAUUAGAAGGUGCGAGGAGGGAUCAGCAGCAGUUUUCUCCAUAUCAACAGUAUUCUGCAUCCCUGCAUUGCCUUUGUGAUCAUUUCCACUGUGACUUCUUAAAACUGUAGUCUAUGAAGUAUACUAUUCUGGAUGUACUGGAUGCAGUCUGUGCUUAUGUUGUAGUCAUGUUUAUAUUAUGUCCAGAGGCAAAAAUAAUGUUAGCGUGCAAUAGAAGUUGUUGGAUUUUCUGACAUUUGUUGAGUUACGGUGCACUUAUGUUGCCACUCUGCCUGUGGUUUGAUGUGGUGUAUUACUGUGCCAGUAUUUGUCCACCUCUCCUUACUAGUAUCCCGAUUCACAUUCCAUGCAGAAUCAAUGUUUUAUUUUCUGCCAACACACAAGGGCAAACAUGUGUCCUCUCUUCAGGCACUGACAUCAAUGAUAAACAUGGCGUCUGCCGAAACAACUUUUUCUGAUGCCUUUUGUCUGCAGUUGACCUGCUGAUGCAAACUGAUGAUGAUGAGAACUAAAAUAUGUGAGGUCAUCUAAGACAGCUUUUCAUCUAAUUAAUAUAAAGCAGUCCAAAGUAACUAGUUAAUCCUCACAUUCAGUCAAUUGAUGCCAGACCAACACACGUAGACACAUUUGUAGA